UGUGUUUCUUUCCGCAGAUCUUGCUCCGAUUUCCCCAGCCGGACGCCGGCCGAGAGGCUGACCGACGACCUCCUCGUGGAGAUCCUCUCGCGCGUCCCCGCCAAGUCGCUCUGCCGCUGCAAGUGCGUCUCGAAGCACUGGCUCGGGCUCAUCCAGCACCCCGACCACCGCAAAAGGCUCCCCCAAACCCUGGCCGGCUUCUUCUACGGCAGCAGCACCACCGGGCAGCGGCUUCUGGAGUCGCCCUUCUACUUUACCAGCCUCUCGGUCUCGGGGGACCCCCGCCCUCCGUUUGAUACCUCCCUCACCUUCCUGCCCAUCGAUCUACUUGACUCCUGCAACGGCCUCCUCCUCUGCCGAUGCCACGACGUUUCCGAUGGGGUUGGCGCAUUCCAUUAUGUCGUGUGCAAUCCGGCCAUGGAGAAGUGGGUCAUAUUGCCCAACUCCGGCAAGGCCAAUACCGAGGUGGCCGCCACAUGUUUGGGCUUUGACCCGGCACUGUCGUCGCAUUUCCAUGUGUUUGAGUUUAUAGAGGAGAACACCGAACUUUCCGGAGUGGCAGUGUAUUCGUCUGAAACCGAAGAGUGGGUUUAUAAGGAGAAGAGAUGGAACAGUGAUACCUGGCUUGCUAGUGGGCACUCCUCCGCAACUGACUUUCUAAAUGGCCUUCUGUUUUUUCUUGCCUUUGACCUCGACUUACACGAUUGUGUAGCUGCGGUGGACACCAAGGGAGAAACAUGGAUGAAAUUCAGUGACCCUGGUGGUCAGUUCGAUGAUUUUGGUGUGGUUGAAGGUUUUAUUCAGCGGUCGCAGGGCCGCUUACAUUAUGCCAGUUUUCAGAGGGAUAAAGAUGGUGUUGUCAUUCGACUAAUAGUUUAUGUUUUGGAGAACUAUCAAGACGAACAAUGGAUACUGAAGCAUAGCAUUGAAACUUCGAGCGUAUUUGGAUGGACAGAUUUAUGCCUUGAUGGGGAUCUUGAUUUUGUUGCAAUUCACCUGGAAUGCAACUUGGUGUUCUUCAUUGCGGGGGGUAUCACAUUAAUAUGCUAUAAUAUGGAUAAUCGGCAAGUCAAAGUGAUUUCCCAUCUUGCAGGUGGCAAGCCGCUAUUUCUACCCUAUGUGCCGUUGUACACAGAGUCACAAUCAUUGCACAUUUGA